AGAAAUCCAAGAGAAUCGUCACUUGGAGGAGAAUCGACUCAGUGAGCGCUGUGAGAGGAAAGCCCCCUCCGAGACCCCUCAGCUGGGAAAGGCGACAAAGGGGGCGCGACGGAGGGAAACUGUAGGGGUGGGGGGGUGGUGGGGGGGCGAAAAAAACAACCCAAAAACAUUUUGCCAGGCUGCUGACAACAUGGGUGCAGUGGUGGGAACUUUGACCAUGCAAACCAAGCAAAGAAGACCGACAAGAGAUAAAACAGACGAUGAUCUUGAGAUGACAACGGUGUGUCACAGGCCGGAGGCUCUCGAACAGCUGGAAUCCCAAACUAACUUCUGCAAGCAGGAGCUCCAGAUUCUCUAUCGCGGUUUCAAGAAUGAAUGCCCUAGUGGAGUCGUAAACGAGGAGACGUUUAAACACAUUUACGCACAGUUCUUUCCCCAUGGAGAUGCAAGUAUGUACGCACAUUACCUUUUUAACGCCUUCGACACAGCUAACAACGGCUCCAUUAAGUUUAAGGACUUUGUGAUGGGCUUGUCUAUCCUGCUGAGGGGAACCUUGAGGGAAAAACUUGAAUGGACCUUUCACCUUUAUGACAUUAACAGAGAUGGCUACAUAAACAGGGAGGAAAUGACGGAGAUUGUGAAGGCCAUUUAUGAUAUGAUGGGCAAGUACACUCACCCUGCGCUGAAGGGAGAUGUGCCACAGCAGCACGUGGACGCUUUUUUUCAGAAAAUGGACAAAAACAAAGAUGGAGUGGUAACUUUAGAGGAGUUUGUAAUAGCCUGCCAGGAGGACGAAAUCAUGAUGAGAUCCAUGCAGCUCUUUGAGAAUGUGAUGUAGGAAAGGAGGCGAUGACGUUGACAUAUUCCAAAUCAGAGGGCUACGUGUGAGCUAAUGUGUGUGGAUCCAGUCUGUCGUCUUUCCCUUGUAUCCAGCUGUGAACUGUAUACAGACAGGCUUCCCGCAAAAGACUUUGGAUGACUGGACUGGAAUUCUUGUUGCGGAUUUUUGGGUGUCCUAAAGUAACUCCCGAGAAAGGCAGGGGAGUCAAACUCCCUUACGUUUUACAAAUGGGCCAGUCAAGGUUACUGAUAUGAGUACAGUAAUUACACAUGCUUAUUCAUUAUUUUUGUCCGAAGAUGCUCUUGAAAUGUAUGCUUCUCCAAAAGAUUUGGAUUUAUCUGCAAAUAUUUGUCAGAUUUGUGAAAUGAUUUAUUGUCCUGUGUUUUUGUGUGUGUUUGGCUGUCGUGUGCUUGCAAAAUCACUCGGUUGCUGUUUGUCAGUCAAUGCAAAGCUUACAGUUUAAAGUGAAACCAUCUUGGAAUAGUAUGUGGGUCUUCUAGUCAUGGUUUUUGUGCGUGUGUGUGUGUGUGUGUGUGUGUGUAUAAGUGUGUGUGUGUGUGUCCUAAUGUCUAUUUAAGAAAUAUAUUUUUUAAUUACCCUGUCUUUUCCAGCUUUGCUUUAUGUGUGUUUUUAAAAUAUUUUAAAAAAAGGAUUGUGGAACAUACAAAUCAUGUACUUUAUGUGUAUAAUUAAGAUGUUGCAGUAUCAAGAAGAUGGUUUCAUCAUAUUAGUGAUAUCUUUAUUUGCACAAAUAUCUGAUAACAACAUUAUGGCCGCAAUGUUUCCUAUAUGUUCGCCCAGUCAACGGUGAAGCUUAAACUAUAGAACUGGAUAGCCGCAUUUUAAUGCAGCUUCAUUGGCAAAUAUCGGCACAGCCUCCUCCUUCGAAAGCGUAAUCUGUGAUGUAACGCUAAAGCCAGCGUGUGAGCAAGUAUGGUGACUUCUCUACUUGCCUGCAAUUUCAGUCAGUUGAGUUGUCAAAAGUGCCGCUGUCGGGACAUCGCUUCCGGUCUUGCUUUGAAAUGGAUUUGUCUCAAAUAGAACAUUGAAUUAAGUCUCAAAGAGAACAUUAAAUUAAGUC